CUCAGUCUUUGGCUUCUGUUUCGGAUCGCACGUGCUUUGGAUUCGGUUUCCUCCACGCUUCGCUCCGGAUUCCGCCAUGGCCUUGGCGAGGAGGGCGCGCUCCGGACCCGCCGCCCUUCUCUGCUGCAUCGGAGCCCUCCUCAGCCACGCUCAGGCCAAAGUCCCCCCGACAAGCUCAGAAGCUCCAGAGGCCUCCCAGCCUCCUGUCGCUGCUGUUCUUCCAGUCAGUUACAAUCUUUCCAAUACCCGCUUGGCAUUCUUCCUGAGAGAGACGCGGCCGAUACCAAGGGGAAACAAUAUCCUUGGCUUGACCCGGUCGGAGCCUUUCGUUGUGUUCCAAACCAAGAAACUACCUGUGCUCAACGUCUCUUUGGGACCGUUCAACUCAGGCCUCGUGCUACCCAAGGAGCUGCUGCAGCCCUCAAGCACUCUGGAGAUACCAGAACGCCUGACAGUGAACUGGAAAGUACGGGCUUUCAUCGUUGGCACACGGGUGCCAGCCAACCAACCCACAGCCCAGGUGCUAUUCUAUGUGGCCGGACGUGACUGGGAUGAUUUCGACGUGACCGAGCGGCUGCCCUGUGUGCGACUCCACGCCUUUCGUGAGGCCCGUGAGGUCCGGGCCUCUUGCCGCCUUCGGGGCAGCCUGGCCACCUGCCUAGCCCAAGCUGAGCUGCCUCAAGCUUGGUUUGGUCCCGCUGCCGUGCCCCUGGGGCGGAGGAAAGUGAUGGAGGACAUUGAACCAGGUGGAGAUGUACAGCAAGCAGAACUCUAUUACACGCUUCACGCCCCCGAUGCAACGGGGGAGUGCGGGAGCGAACCAAUGGGACGGAGAGGCGGGGCCGGGGCACGGAUUGAAGGUCCCACCCAGCACCCUCUCCUGCGCAUUGGCAGUCUGAGGCUGGUUCAGCCGCCGGCCACCCAACCCUUGCAGGAGCAGCAUCUGGAUGACAGCAUCUUCAUCCGGCUACCUGAGAAACCUCUCAAACCAGGCGAGGUUCUCAGUGUCACCCUGUACCUGAUGGGCAACUCAACGGUUGAGCACUUCAUGCUUAGGGUGAAGGCCAAAAAAGGGGUGAACCUGCUCAAAACCAGAUCCAGUCACCACGAGUGGCUUGUGAAUUCAGAAUUUCAGACGGGCAGCAAACACUCCACUUCAACUGUUGAAGUCGCAUGGAUUGGUGGAAUUUUGCCCAGGGACCAGGACUCGCCCUAUGAGAUCAUGCAGCUGGACUUUGAAAUGGAGAACUUCACCAGCCAAUCCGUGACUCGACGCAUCAUGUGGCAUAUAGACUAUCGGGGUCGUAACCCACCGCCUGAUCUGGAGAAGGCUGUGACUGAGCUGACAGUAAUUCAGAGGGACAUCCGUGCCAUCCUUGCCCUGGCCAUGGAUACAGAAAUCAUCAACACAGCCAUCCUCACAGGACGGACAGUUGCCAUCCCCGUGAAGGUCAUCGCCAUAGAGAUGACAGGAGAUAUCUUGGAUAUUUCAGCAAUGGUCAAAUGCAAGUCCAGCAAUGAGGAUAUCAUCAAGGUGUCCAGUAGCUGUGACUAUGUCUUUGUGAGCGGCAAGGAGUCUAGAGGGUCCAUGAAUGCAGGUGUCUUCUUCAGCUAUGAGCACCUCAGUGCCCUCUUGGAGAUGACUGUUUGGGUCCCCAAACUCCCUCUUCAUAUUGAGCUGUCUGACCCACGCCUCAGCCAAGUGAAAGGAUGGCGAGUUCCCAUCUUACCUGAUCGGAGGUCCAUACGGGAGAGUGACGAUGAGGAGGAGGAAGAAGAACGGAGACAAAGCAGGGGUUGCACCCUUCAGUACCAGCAUUCCACCCUGCAAGUGUUUACCCAGUUCCACACUACCUCCUCAGAGGGCACAGAUCAGGUGGUCACGAUGUUGGGGCCUGAGUGGAUGGUGGAGGUCACAGACCUGGUCAGUGACUUCAUGAAGGUGGACAAUCCACGUGUGGCACACAUGGUCAAUAGCAAAACCCUAGCUGGCAGGGAGCCGGGCGCUACCUUGUUCAAGGUAGUUUCUCCACUUAUGGAAGCUGUCCUUGGUGAGACAUCAGUGACUGUGGUUGAUGAGAAGGUUACCAUUGUGGAAUUGAAAGCUCAGGUGGUCUCAAACCUCUCCCUUUCCCUUCAUGCCAGCCCUGGAAAUAGCCACACCAUUGUGGCCAAGACAACAGCCCAGCAGACUCUCAAUUUCUCCAAGCAGGAAGCUCUGCUCAGUCUCUGGGUGUCGUACAGUGAUGGCACAAUUGCUCCCCUCUCUUUGUAUGACCCAAAGGAUUACACACUGGUGGUGACAAGCCAGGACAAGUCAGUGGUAUCGGUGGUGCCCGAGCGGACCUUCCCACUAGUGAGGGCUGAAGGGGAAGGGUCCGGCGAGCUGAUUAAAGCUGACCUGCUGAUCUGCGAGAGCUGCCAGAAGACCAAACGCAAGAGUGUGCUGGCCACCACAUUGGCUAAUGUCCGUGUGCAUUUCAGCUCUGAGGAGGAACCUACUUAUGACUAUGAGCCUGUCCAAACUCCUAGCAGACCUGGGCGGGAGAAGAGUAUGCCUCGCACCACACCACGGGUGGAAGUAGAGUGGCCUCUGGUGCCAAGUCAGGAGAGUUGGGCGCCCAGCGUCAUCCUCCCAACGGAGGACUUCCCAGCUAUUCCCACUGGCUACGUACAAGUCUCUCGAGGACUCACAGACCUGGAAAUAGGCAUGUAUGCCCUGCUCGGUGUCUUCUGUUUAGCCAUUCUGGUGUUCCUUAUUAAUUGUAUUGUCUUUGUACUCAAGUACCGGCACAAACGGAUCCCGCCAGAAGGACAAACCAACAUGGACCACUCCCACCACUGGGUCUUCUUGGGUAAUGGACAACCAUUGCGGGCCCAGAAUGAUCUUUCUCCUCAGCCUGAGAGCCCAGGCAACCCACUGGAGAACGUGCAGACCUGCUGCCAUGGUGACCACCACAGCAGCGGCUCCUCGCAAACCAGUGUGCAGAGUCAGGUUCACGGGCGGGGGGAUGGCUCUUCUGGGGGCUCCACCAGGGACCAGAACGAAGACCCUCUCAAUUCUCCCACUUCCAAGCGUAAGCGGGUCAAAUUUACUACCUUUGCCACCAUGCCCUCUGAGGAACUGGCCUAUAAUUCUAUUCCUAUAGCAGAUGAAGAGGACUUGGAGUGGGUCUGCCAAGACAUAGGUUUGCAGGAGCCCGAGGAGCUGCACAACUACAUCCAUAGGAUCAAGGAGAUUGCAUAACGGGCCGGACCCAACACUUACAAGCCAAGGGGAGAGAUUUACGGGGAUGCUCUCUCUGGGCUUGAAAUGGCUAGAUUGCAUUGCCCACCCAGGCUCUUCUCUAGCUCUUCCUCUCAGUGGACAAGCCCACCUGCACGACCAGGAAUGGUUUUACAGGAAAACCAGACAUCUUGUAGAAUGGGAUGAAUCUAUUCUUUUUUUUUCUUCUUUUGGAGGGAGAGCUCUUACGAAAGGCUGCUUGUGGUACACCUAUGGGUCACUCUGUAUAGUUGAAGGAGACUUGGCCGGAGCAGGCUGGGUGCCAUUACUCCAUUAAAGUGGGGUUGGGGACUGGCUGGCACCGUCAAGCAGGCCAAGAGAAGGGAGUGUCUGAGCCAUGGUUGGUUAAUGAGCCAGAGUAUGCAAUAGGUCCUUGCACCUGAUGGGUUGCUUGGGGGAAUGUUACUCCUUGCCUUGCCAACAUCCACUGCUGCCUUUGCUGCCCGUCUCUCUCUGAAAGGCGAUGCAAUCCUUUGGUCUCUCGGCUUUUUCUUUUUUUUUUUCUUGCACAAUAAAUGUUGACUCUUUAAAAUAAAUAAUAUUCAGGGAUUCUGCUCGGCCCAGGGGGAGCCAAAUGGAACAGUCUUCUGGUUGGUGGGAAGGGAGAACCCUCAGACCAGAUUGCCAUCAAGACCCUCCCUCCACACGGUGGCGGGGAGUCACUGUUGCUAUCCGGGGAGGGGGGCUGAGAAAAAGGACUGCCCUCCGCCCCCGUUACUUCAAACACCAUCUUCCUCUUCUAAUGCCUGUACUGCUUCCUCCCUAGAUCCAGCCUCCCCCCCCCCCAAUUGUGUAUUAACCCACCCUCUAACUCCAAGCAGGAGAGAGUAGAAAUUAAUAUUCCUGGAAGAAGCCAUCUAAUUUCCAAAGAGGGAUCAAGUUCCCAACCUAUCUGGUUUUUAAAUGCGGGAUGUUUGGGCUCAAAGAUCUUCCUGGUUGGUUUCUCCAUCAGUUGACUGCCCUGUUGGGAGCAGUUUUCCCUUCUCGUUGAGGAAAUACAUUUUUUUCUGUAGAAGAGGGAAGAGGGAGGUGUAGCUACUAGUCUGUCACUGUGAGCGCUCCCCGAACUCUCCCCUGCUCCCUUUCUCACUGUCUGAGCUUCUUUGAUCUCCAGGAACAUGGAAAACAAAGCUUUUCCCAAGGUAUAGAUUUCACAAAGGGUCAUGAUAUAAAUUAGGAAAGGGCAAGCAAGAUGGGGUCAGGCAUGAUGGUGAUACCCUAAUCAGGAGCCACUAUAUACACGGGGCUGGACUUUACAAUUUUAUUUAAAAGCGAGAGAUAUCAGUCCACUCUGACUGCAGGAUUCUUAUUUGUCCAGAAGUCUCUACCUGGCUCCUUCUUCUGUCUACUGUGUUUCCCCGAAAAUAAGCCCUCCCCCGAAAAUAAGCCCUCCCCGAAAAUAUUAACCACAUGCACAGCUGCUCCCCACCAUUUCCUCUGUUUAGGAUUAGGGAGACAGAGCUGGAAAUCAGGUAAGACGGCAAGAGGAGCCCCGUCUUGCUCCACGCGUCCCAAAAUAAUAAGACCUCCCCGAAAAUAAGGCCAAGCUCUUAUUUCAGGGUUCAAAAAAUAUAAGACAGGGUCUUAUUUUGGGGAAAACAUGGUACUUAUUCUUCUCUUUGGGAAGGAGUGUUGAUACUUGCCAGUGAAAAUACUGGAUUUGAUCCUCAGAAGGAUCAUGAUAUCCUUGACAAUCAACCUGGUGGGCGGCCUCUGACCAAAGUUGAAGCUUCUCUUGACAUUGCUGUUUCUCAAGAGUCCUGGGAAACUUUCCGAUAUUGGAAUGGGAGGGGGGAAGAAAAGGCACAUACAAGCCGAGAUCAGCAGAACAAGUAAGUAUAAAAGGAUUCAUUGGGGGCAAAACACUCUGCGUUAAUUUUUCAUAAACACAGCUGGAGUCUGCACUGUCUUGUUACUAACCAGGAAAAUUAUCUUGGGGUCAUAAAGGGUACCUCGGCAAAGAGGCUGAUGUAUAUGACUGUUGUGGGAAUGACAAGCUCCAACUAGGAAAAAUAAAGAAGGAAUUAAAAAUGGUCAA